AAUUGACUAAUAUUUGUUAUAUAUUUAUUAAUAAUAAUUUUGUAUACGAGACAAGUUUUCUUGAUUCUUAAUAGAAAAUGGCUUCUCUACCUAAAUCGCCAACUCACAGUUAUUUCUUGGUGAAUUACAUGGAACAAACAGCUCAGUAUUAUAAAAUUGCUAAAUUCAUUGAACUUGUGGGGCACGCCGGAUUGACGAGGCAACUGCUCGACGAAAGUGUUUUCGUAAAAUUCCCAGAUAAAACGAUUUUAUGUAAUAUAAUUAUGUCUUCGAAUGAUGAAGAUGAAUUGAAAGUUGUUUUGGCCAACGUGGAAAAACACCACAUUUCUACGGUAAAACAGUUCGAACAAGAGCGACCACCGAAAGCGUUUCCAAAAGGGUUUAAAGGUAUGUAUCCAUUGAUGAGCGAAGAUAGCCGAAGAAGGAAGAUGUACAUUUUGGGUGAUAACGGAACGGCGAUUCCCGUAGGCAGAUUAAGUCGGAUGUUGUGGAACGAUCACAAGACGGCAACUUACGAUCUAAUUAAUAUUGUCUACACGAAAGAAAUGUUGAUCGCUCACGGCAUGGGACAGAUGGAUUUGAAUCCGUUCCAAAUGCAAGAUAUUAUAUCAAUUGUCUCUGAUAAAUGCAAAGUCGAGAAAUGCGAUGUGCGCGAAGCAAUCGAUAAACACUUGAUGGACUUAAAAAUGAAAUGCAGACAAUAUUUUUAAGAACAUUUUACAGAUUUGUUUUUUAAUUUUAACGUUU